UGCUUUCGCUUUGCUCGCUGGCUGCUUGCUACUGUCAUCAAAAUCAAUCGAAAAUGGCUGGAGGAAUCACCGACAUCAAGAAGCUCGAGUACGAAAUCUACAAAUAUUCCAGCUAUUCUUCUUCCUAUCUGCCAGAGAACAUUCGUGAAGAUAAUCCCACCAAUCAGACAUCGCGAUGGUCUUCGAACACCAACAGUCCACCGCAGUUUCUGGUGCUGAAGCUGGAGCGACCGGCCAUCGUGACCAAGAUCAAGUUUGGCAAGUACGAGAAAACACACGUCUGCAAUCUGCGCAAGUUCAAAAUUCUCGGAGGAUUGGAAGAGGAACGGAUGCUGCUGUUGUUUGAAGGCGGUCUCAAGAACGACUCGAUACCGGAAACGUUCAACCUGAAGCAUCGCACAAACUCGGGCGAACUGUUGCCGAUCAAGUUCAUCCAGAUCGUGCCGUUGCUGUCGUGGGGCCCUAGUUUCAACUUCUGCAUCUGGUACAUCGAGCUGCUUGGGAUCGAAGAUUCGAUUUUCAUCCUCUCGAACCUGCGCAAGUACAACAUGCUGCGUGAGGUGGAGAUCGUUCGGUUGUUCAUGAAGCACUGCCGCCAGCAGGGUUACGUGAAGGCAUUCAGCGCCCUGCAGGAGGAAACCGGCGUCCGUCUGGAGGAUGAAAAGAUGACCGAACUGCAUGAAAUUCUUGUCAACAAUGGAGAUUUCAAGAAGACUGAGGAAAUUCUGGUCGAUUUUAUCAAUAGCGGCCUAAUGGACGACUACCUCUCGAGGCAGGAAUAUAAACCGCACUGGAGUUUGCAGAUGACGCCGGAGCACGAUGCACGGCCAGGGCGCAGGGGAGGCCACCAGUUAAUUAUCGAUCCGUUGACCAGUACCAUCUAUCUGUAUGGUGGUUGGGAUGGUAGCGAGGAUUUGAGUGAUCUGUGGUCGUACGACGUGAAGAACAACCGGUGGGCGUUAAUUCACGAAAAGUCGGAACUGCUGGAAGGGCCAACGCCCCGCGCUUGCCACAAGAUGGUGUACGAUACGAAGAAUUCGCAGAUUUUUAUGAUUGGACGUUACCUGGAUAGCGCUUCUCGCACGGAAGAUAAUAUCAAUAGCGAUUUUUACCUGUAUAAUACCAUCAGUAAAACUUGGUUUUUAAUCAGCAACGAUACUGCUCAAGUGGGUGGCCCGCAGCUCGUGUACGACCAUCAGAUGUGUAUCGACGUAGACAAGCAAACGAUCUAUGUCUUCGGUGGUCGCAUCCUGGAGCCGAAAUUUUCUUUCUCCUUUAGAAAUGAGGAAGAGACAACGGGUGACUACAAGUAUUCGGGGUUGUUUUCCUAUCACAUCAGCACCAACACGUGGAAUCAUCUCCUGGUGGACUGUGGCCACCCGACGGCUGCCAGUCCACACGUGCAGAGCAUCAAGUCGCGGGUGACCCAUUCGAUGCUGUUCCAUCAUAAACAUCGCAAACUCUACAUUUUCGGAGGCCAACGUGGUAAGGACUACAUGACGGAUUUCCUGAUCUACGAUGUGGACAGCACCGAGCUGACGAACAUGACGCCGGAAAAUGUCGGAACAGAUUCGAAAAAUGUACCUCAAUCAGGCUUCACCCAGCGGGCGACGAUCGAUUGCGAGAAGGACGAAAUCUACGUCCUAACUAGUCUGAGUAAGGAAAAGGAGCGGCGCGAUUUGAAUAUCAACUCUUUUUGGUUGUUUUCGUUGGCCAAGAAAGAGUGGUGCUGCGUGUACAAGAGUGACCAUUCGAUUGGGGAAAACUGCUACCUAAAGAAUCAGAACGCUUGUGCGGAACCCUGCCCAAGAUACGCCCAUCAGAUCGUGUACGAUGCGACCAAUCAGGUCCAUUUCCUGUUCGGUGGCAAUCCGGGCAUGAAUUCGCACUUCCGGUUGGACGAUUUUUGGAUGCUGCGGCUGGAGAAACCCACCAGGGACAAUAUUCUGCGCUACUGUAAAUACCUGCUUAGGAAACAAGAGUACGAAGAGAUUGCCAAGACGAAUCCCCUUUCGGCUAUUUCCUACCUGCAAACGAAACUGUACGACAUCAUCGAUCACAACGAUCCGGCGCAGUUGAAAGAAUUCCACAAGCUAGCUUCUCUCCUGUUCAAGUCGGAUAACACCGACUGUGAAACGGAACCAACUAGUCUACUGGCUUGUUCCCUGGGCGGUAGUUUAAAACCCAACACCCAAAAACACCCGAACGAGCAUGAUGGACCACACGAAGACAAUGCCAAAAUGAUGCGCGUUGAAUCACCCAAGAAUGCAGACGACGCGGACGCUUCCAGCAUCAGUUCGCUCAGCAGCGAGUGUUCCAGCUCCCAAACGGCCCGUGCGACCGCAUCGUCGUCGUCGUCCAGCUUUUCGUCGCGCACCCGCAAGGCGAGCGAUCAACUGUUCGAGCUGAAAAUUCGGCGCUGCCUACUGUACAACAAGCUCGUCGAUCUGCUCCCCGAGAGUCUCUGCCAGCCAAAGAAAAACAUUAGCGAUUUUGUGCUUCUCUAAUCCCCGCUUCGGCACAGAGUUUUUCUAGGUUUUUGCUUCUUAUCCACUCCUAACUUCCCUUGUUUAAGCACACACACACAUACACACACAUUCUUCGAACUUGUCGUCCCUUCAGACUGCUAAAACAUUAAUCGGUACGGAUUUAGACUAACAAGAGGAAACGGAAAUGUGAUAUCUACUCUCCCUUCCCCACCCCGUAGUUUUUCUUUCUUGUCGCUCGUAUGUCAUCUCAUCGAGAACCAGUCAAAUUUUGCCUAGGCGCGCUUGUCCGGUCGCAAAAUAAUUUUCCAACAACUUUUCAUUACGGUUAAGAAAAGACAAUCAAUUGUAAUAAUGGACUUAGGAAUAUGUUUAACAAAUUCAGACGACGCGUUUUGUUAGCAAGACGGUGCAUCACAAUUUAUUAUGAUAGCUCUACACCUACCUACCUUCCUCGUUUCCAGCAGCGAACAUCACACACCAAAACGUAAUAGAAGCUAGAUUUUGUUUGUUUGUUUUUAGAAUUGUAAAUUUGCCUCUAGGUAGGAAUAUGAAUAUUAUUUUUUUGUUUUGGAUAAACCACAGUGAUUCUACGUAAGAUUCUUCCGUUUGUGUAAUUGUCCCUGUUUUACUGAACGAUUGAGUUACUCGAAAGUGCUAUUUGUUAGCUAUUAAAGAAAGGUAAAAUCUCUAAUAA